UUUGUUGCGUUAAUUUUUACAGUUUGUAGAUUUGUCGUCACAGUUUUUGCUUUUGUCUCGGGUACGUUAAGUUUUUUAAUGCCUAGCUUGAUAAAGCAAUAAAUAAUAGGAAUAGCCGAAUAAAUUAUUAAAUUGUAAUUGCAUUAAUGAGAAAAGGGAAACUCGUAAUCUUGAAGCGCAGUCGGUGUAUGGAAAAUUUAAGAAGAGUGUGUGUAAAAAACCCAUGCAAAAGUGCGGAAAUUGAGAGUGACGUGCAACAAAAGUAACGAAGCGAUUAAAGAAAUCGGUAAUAACUAAGUAGCGGCAAAUUGUAUGGCAUAAAUAUAUAAAAUAAAAGAAUUUAUGUGUAAAAUUUUUCAAAAUAAGUUAACAUGAUGAUUUUCGCAUAAGAUAGUAGAGGAAAUUCUUUGGGCAGCAAGGCGGUGACUUCGAGACGCAACGAUAUGAGUUCCCGUAUCAAAAGUGAUGUAAGGAAACUAUUCGAGUUUUGGUGUGAAGUCGCGCUCAUACAAAAUGCAGACAGAAACAGUCUAAGUAACCAAGCAAUAACACCUGCUGAUAUUAUUGAGAGUUUUCCGGAGGGAUAUUGCGACAAUAAGACAAUGCUUGACAUUCCCGCCUUUGCUUUUCCCUGUAAAAUCGAAAGCGAUUCUGUGCAAUUUUACUCCUUCGUACUCACAACGGACGACUCUAAAUGGCGCUUUGGUUUCUGUCGUCAUGACCCAAAGACGGACACCGCAAUGGUCUUAAUCACAUACUUGCCAUGGCACGACACAUUUUUGCGAUUGUUGGCGUUGCUGGCCGAGUUGCGACGUAAUGAUAACAAUGCCACUGAUGAGUUUCGCUUAUUUAUCGCCGAAGUAUACAGUCGUGGUGUGCCCGAUCCGGGUAAAAGUGUCAAAGUAUUGUAUAAUGGCGGUCAAAAUAAUUUCGUAUUGGAACGACCGUUGCAGUUUCAAUUGCCCAGCAUACCCGAGAAUCACAAUUUAAAUCUGUAUUAUAAUUUUGUGGAUCCAAAGAAUAUGAUUGAUGUAUUCGCUGCGAUGUUGGCAGAGCGACGCAUCAUUUUUACAUCGCGACGUUUGGAUCGCUUGUCGUCGUGCAUCCAGGCGGCGAAUGCGUUUCUUUAUCCUAUGGUGUGGCAACACAUUUUCAUACCAGUGCUGCCGAUGAAAUUAAAAGACUACUUGAGCGCGCCAAUGCCAUAUCUAAUUGGUGUGCCACAAAUAGUUCUCGACACGAUGACACCCGAAGAGCUCGGCGAUGUAGUGAUACUUAACUGUGAUAAAAAAUGUUUCGAAAGUCCUUUCGAUGAUGUACGAGAAAUGCCAGCCGAUAUUGUGUCGCAUAUGAAGAAGCAACUCAGUCAUUCUCAUGAGCAUAUCGGCGAUCGUGUUUCGAAAAUAUUUCUUGGCGUACUGGUACAACUGAUAAGCGGUUAUCGCGAUGCUGUGGAGUUUCGGGGAGUGGGCAAAACAUUUAACCGCCAUAAAUUUAUUGAAUCUCGACCCAAACAUUUGCGACCGUUUUUAACGAAAAUGAUGGAUCUACAAAUAUUCCAACAAUUCAUUGAUGAACGCCUACAAAUGCUCAACACUGGGUUAGGUUAUUCGGAUGAAUUUGAAGUGGAAGCAGCGCGUUUUUCGGAGAAAAUGAAGAAGCGAAGACACUAUGAAUUUCUGAACAAUGUUAGGGAGAAGGUCAAAGAAGGUUCCCGUGGCGUCAAAAGCGCUUACAAAGACUUAAAAUCCAAAUUUCGUGACAUUACACCACCCAAUAACUCGACACCACGCUUCCGUUCGCAUCUGGCUUCGCAUUCGCGAGAUCGCGCUGACGGCACCACUGCUGGCAAUGAAUACGCGUUCAGUGUAGACGCUACCUACGUCCGAACCAAGUCCAUUGUUGGUCAUCAUUCAGCACCGAGUUCGCCUAUUUUCGGUAAUAAACGCGCAGCCAGUGGUGCUACGGGUGGCCAUUCAUCAACAGCUACUUGUUUUAAAUACGCUAGUCCCGAGGAUCUAAAUGACUCGAACCAGUAUAUGCGACGCGCCCCGCCAUUGGCUAUGUCUACCUCGAGUACGCAUAUACGGCCGAACGGUUCUAUGGGUAUUACGCAUGGCACUGCUCAUCUUCCUGCUAAUUUGGCUCCGUCUCCAACUGUCAGUCCGGAAGGCUCGGUUUGUUUGUCGGAGAUGAAUUUGUCCCAAGAAUUGCAAAACCACCCGCUAUUCAAGCCGCCACAUGUGGAUCGUAGUCUAAAGCCCAGCCAUAGAUUAGACACGCAUAGUCAAACUCAUCAUAAGUCUUUCUAUAAUCCGCACCAUCAUCAUCAUCGCCAAUAUAGUCAAUCUACGAGCAGUAAGCAUCAACUAGAAUAUCACCGACAACAAACGCAAGAUCAACGAAGAAUCGCCGCCCCUCGCGCCGGUGGCACACCACCACCUCGCCCACCACCGCCGGCCCCACACUUACUAAAAAAACUAACUGCUGGAUCUACAAUCAGUCCGGUAAAUUUGUCAUAUACUGGUGGCACACCAGUGUCAUACUAUAAUCAUCCGCAGGUGCGAGCCCCUCAAACAGCACUUGGACUACAUUCAUAUAUAGUUUCAAAACUGCCUCUGAAAGACGAGAAGGCGGAGGAGUUGGAAAUGUCAGAGACCUCAAUGCACACGUCGCCCACCACGAGUGAAAGAAUAGUAGCCCACGACUCAUCUUACGACAGGCCACCAGAUAUGCCACCACCGUUACCACCUCGGCGUCAAAGCAUUGGCAACAGUGAUAUUUUCUAUUUGGACAACGACCUAACUGCCCCACUGCCAUCGUUUAGUACGGCUGUUGAUGGGGGUAGUAAUGCGAUCGCUAUGGCUGCAGCUGCUGUACACGCGGGCGUACAAAGUUUGGAACAUAAUUUGUGGAAAGAUAAUACGCACCGCAGUUUAUUACCACAUGAUGUGCUGCGCAAUUUGUCAUCAACGAGUAAAUCCAUUGCUGCCGCUAUGUCAACAGCGUCGUUCGGUUCAAGUGGCGGCUCAUUUCGGUCGGCUCUAUCGUCAUCAUUUUUUCAUCAGAGGCGUGACGAAUACGCAGAUACAACAGCAAUAGCAGCUUCAGAAAGAAUAACACCAGUGCCAGCACCACGGCAGAAAAAAGAGUCUCUGCGCUCACUUCAGACACAGCAUCUACUCAAAUCUACUGCACCAUCGUCAACAUCUUCGCAAGAAGACACCAUGAACGAUCUCAUAACACUAGAAGACAGCCAUAAUACCAGCUUUGAAAUAGAAGAUUUCGAUCCGCUGAAUCCAAAUGCACGCCCACUACCGUUACGCAGUGGCAGUGCAACAGCUAGCAGUGCAAUAUUUAAUAGUAUAAAAUCAGUAACUUUGCCAGCUAAUACUAACGCUUUAAGCAACACUUCCAGUACUAUAAGCAACCCGCUAUAUCCAUUUCAUACACCACAACACUUAAUAUCUCCACAUACACGCGCACAGCCACAGCUAGCUGCGGCGCAAUUACAGGACCCUCCAUCGAUACCACCACCUCUGCCAACCAGCCAGCCACCACCAAUGCCAGCACGUGAUGAGGACUUUGAAUUAUUACGCAGAUAUGGACUCGACCAUUUCACUUUGAUACCAGCUUCAACGACGCUAACGACUACAACAACAAUGGCAACAACUGCAAGCGAUAGCAGCGACGCUGCCGCUAGUGGCUUGCACAACAAUCCAAAAGUAAGCAGUACUAGCAAUAUUGUCAGUGGUAGACACAAUUGGACCAAAUUCGAUUGAGAUGCGUUGGGUAGAGAGCACUUUUUGCAUUUCGUCACAUCUUCCAUAGGUUGACAAAUACGAUAUUGUGGUGAACAUUUGCCGAUAUUUUUUUAUUUUUAAUUUAACACACGUUUGUUGUAAAUUUGGUGUAGUGUGGAUGCAUUUUUUCGUGUAUACAGGUUUAUUGUUUUACAGGCAGUCGAUGGAUCACAUGCAGUGAUAUGAUAUGUUAUGUAUGUAUGUAUGUACUAUAUGCAGUAUGCUAAAAAUGCCGAAUGCAUAAAUAGAAUAUUACGAAUACUUAUAAAGAGCGCUUAAAUCAUAUAUUUGAUCACAAAACUAUAUUUUGUAAUAACUGUAGUUUUGCAAAUUGCAGGAAAAAAACAUGUAGAUAAGUGUAUGUAAAAGCGCUGUGAUUGACAGGAAAGCAAAACAAUAUAGAUAUGUACGAGUAUGUAUGAGCAAAUGACGAAUAAUAAAAAUGUAUAAAAGCUAAUACUUUAUUUAAGAUAUCAGUUAAGGAAAAAGAAUGUAUGUAAUUUUCAAACAUAAAUAUCUGUUGAAUUUUUAUAAAAUAAUUUAAGUCGACUUAGCACUUUUUAACUGUCAAACUCCAAAAUAAUGGGCUUUCAUGCAAUGGUUAAAGCACUUUAAAAUGCUAAAAUACUGAAUUUCAAUACCUUGUUUGAAGUAGUAAAAUCCAGUAUUUUAGUGAUUGAUAGUUAGAUAGUGGUCUUCAUUAAUUUAAUCAUUUACUGCAGUAACUCAAGAAUCUAUCUUCACAAAAGUUGUAUGAACAUAUUAAGUUCAUAUUUGCAAGAUCAGGAUUGAAUGAUUAAAAAACAGUCAAGAAAUUUGUUUUGUUCAAAAAUUCUACAUCUAUGCUCAAGGCGAAUCUAUUCAAGGUGGUGGUAUUUGAGCACCAACAACAUUUUUAAAAUUAGAACUGUCAAAGGAAAGAGAAUAGAAGAUUGGAAUGAAUGACAAAUAUAUAAAAUUUGUUUAGCGCGCAUUCACAACACAAAAACAACCUCCCGUCAUUCUAUUUUACUGGCAUUUCUAAAUUAAAGGCAAAUAGAAGAACAAGCAAUUAACGAAUCUAAUCACUCCACCUUCUAUAGAUAUGCCUUGGAUAUGCUCGUAUGUACAAUAAGGUUGUCCAAAUUUUUGAAAUUCUUCUAUUUUUGCUUUCCGUGCAUUAUAUUUUUAUAGUAGAUGGUGAAAAAAAUGUCAAAUAUAUUAUUUUUUGUGUACUUUAUACUUUUAAUAAUGUAACCGAUUGCAUUUGUUAUAUUUGUUGUCUUAUUUAAGAAAAAUUGGAAAAAUUGAUAUUUAGUUAAGCAAAUUUUUUUCAUAAUCAGCCUCACGUUGGGUCUACAAAGCUGACCCAUUCGAAAUAUUUUUAAAAUUUUCCAUAUAAAUUUGGAUACCUCUAAUGUACAUACAUACAUUUAUUGCUUAUUAUUUAUAUUUCUUCUUUACUUAACUCCUCGCAAUAACUGCAUUUGGGGUUAUCAAAAUAAUCGAUAAAUUUGUUGAAUAUGAUAUAAAAAAAAUUAUACAUUUAUUUAAUACAAACUCAAAUGAUUUAUGAAGUAAUUCUGCAAAACAAAACAUGAAAAUUAUAACGAAUCAUAUUAGAAUUAUCACUGAACCUGUCAAAAAAAGUUCUCUUCAAUUCUUUAAGUAUUAACACGACAUCUGCUUUAUAUUUCGCAGUUUACAAAAUACUAUGUGUAUACUCACUAAGCCAAACACCAAAAAAAACGUAUGUAUUUACUUGACAACGAUGAGUAAGUGGUACGCUGUAAUAAUUUUUUACACCUUGAGUUAUGCAAGCAAAAGGAUGUGAAUAGAGAACUUUAAAGACUAAAAGUAAAAGACACAUUGCAAAUGAUUAAAAAAAGUAAACAUAAGAUAUUUUAAAAAACGAAAUACAAAGAUAUACCUGAUAUUAAAACCUGCAAGUGUAACUUUUGUGCUACAGAAAUAAGUGCAACAUGUAAGUCGUGUGUUUCGAUGAAGCAUAUGUGCGUGUGAAGAGUUUUAGCAGCGCCACCACUAUGUAUAUUAUAUCUACUCAUAAGCUUUUAAUAGUGAAUCAAUAUUACGAGCACUCAAAAAAAAUUAUAUAAUUAAGCAGCCACUACAUCUAACUUAAACAAAAAACUAAUAUGGCAACAUUCAAAGACAUUGAUUUAAGUAAGCAAAGCAUAUUGUAUCAUAUUGUAUGUAUGAAUUGAUAGUAAUUGUUGUAAAUAAUGUUUAAACAAUUUUUUGGAUAUAAGUAAACUUUAUAAAGCAGCACACAAUAAGUUAUUAAUUUAGUAAAGAAAGGAAAUUUAUACUAGUAUGCAAAUGUGUCAAAAUUUCUCAAGCGAAACAACUGAAUUGGAAAAUUUAUUUUUCAUUGUAAAACUAUGUUUAUAUUAUAUACAUAAAUAUUUUCAUUUCCAUUAACAAAGCAUAUCCAAUUUUCCAAUGACGCUUCUUCGUUUUGUUUCUUUCUGCCUCGAAUGACCGAGGAUUCUUAACUGCCGGCCAAGAGUCGACCGUUUAUGAAAAAAUUGUGCAGCGAUUUCGAAGAAAAUCCAAUAGAAAAAUAUAUGACCAAUUCAAAAAAUCAGGGAUCAAAAUA